AUGUUCUUUUUAAGCUUCAUCCGUUUCCUGCUUGAACAAGAAUUUCCUGGAAUGCGGAUUGGACCUGAACCGACUACUGAUAGAUUUAUUGUUGUAAUGAAUGGAGAUGAAGUUGGUGUUAUUCCUGGAAAUGCACUUGUAGUUGACUCCACUAAACAAUUUCGUGCUUUGACAAAGUUUGGAAAUGCUUUUCUCAACCGUUUUCAAUGUUCAAUGUUGAAAAACGAUGUUCUCAAUUCCGUUACAAUUAUUGACACACCCGGAAUUUUGAGUGGAGAAAAGCAACGUAUAGACCGUGGUUACGAUUUUUCUGGUGUUUUGGAAUGGUUUGCUGAACGUGUUGACCGAAUUAUUUUAUUAUUUGAUGCACACAAAUUGGACAUUUCUGAUGAAUUUAAAAGAUGUAUUGAGGCACUUUCGGGCAAUGAAGACAAGAUUCGCAUCGUUUUGAAUAAAUCUGACAUGGUUGAUCAUCAACAAUUGAUGCGUGUAUAUGGAGCAUUGAUGUGGUCACUUGGAAAGGUUUUUAAAACCCCAGAAGUUGCUCGUGUAUAUAUUGGCACAUUUUGGGAUCAUCCUUUACAUUAUGAUAUUAAUCGACGUCUAUUUCAAGAUGAACAACACGAUUUAUUUGCUGAUUUACAAUCUCUUCCAAGAAAUGCAGUUUUAAGAAAAUUAAAUGAUUUAAUAAAGAGAGCUCGUCUGGCUAAAGUACAUGCUUAUAUCAUUUCUGAACUUAGAAAACAAAUGCCAUCAAUGAUUGGAAAAGAAAAAAAGAAGAAAGAAUUAAUUCAAAAAUUGGAUAAAUUAUUUGAACAAUUACAGAAAGAACAUGGAAUCUCUCCGGGCGAUUUUCCUGACAUAAACAAAAUGAGAGCAAAUUUGGAGAAUGCAGACUUUUCACGUUUUAAUGCUUUAAAACCUCGAUUAUUGCAAAUUGUUGAUGAUAUGCUUGCCAAAGAUAUAGCCAGAUUAAUGGCCCAAAUUCCAAAAGAAGAAUCAGAUGCUAACAACAAAGUAGUUGAUGCUCUAGGUAAUCGUUUGGAUCAAUCAGUACGUGGUGGUGCUUUUGAAGCCGAAACAGAAGCUGCAACUCCAUUUGGUUUUGGAAGGGGAGAGGGGGUUGAUAAAGGAUCAGAUGAAACGGAAUGGGUUGUUUCUCGUGAACGUUAUAAAUUUGACGAAAUGUUUCAAGAAUUGCAACCUGUGGAUGGGAAAAUUACAAGUUCUCAAGCCAAAGUUCAUAUGGUUAAAUCAAAACUUCCCAAUUCUGUGUUAGGCAAAAUAUGGACACUUUCUGAUAUUGAUAAGGACGGCCAAUUAGACGCUGACGAGUUUGCCUUAGCCAAUUAUUUGAUUAAUCUAAAAUUGGCUGGACAUGCAAUACCUGAAAAAUUGCCGAAACAUUUGGUGCCUCCAUCAAAGUUGGUGGAAAACAAUAAUAAUAAUAAUGAUGGAAUGACUAAUGGAACUUCAUCUUAUCCGCGGUUGGAUGAAUAA